CCAUCUGGACCACGUCUAUUAGAAUUUAAUAGGAAAAAGUACAGUGACCUAGAAGCUGGUAAGAGUCAUGAUCUUUCGCCCCGUAGAAAAUGGAUUUUGUGGAUCCCAGGGAAGGUGAAUGAGUAGCGUCCUCCCGUGUGCUUCACGGGGUCAGUGAUAACCAAGGUCAGUAGCUGGUGACUGGCUUAAUGACUACCACACCCUGGCUCAGAUGAAAGAGAGAAUGGGACUGACCGGUGCUGACUGCCUUUCCUAUACCUAACUGGUUCCUUGUAGGGAGCUAGAAUUUCUGUGUCCACUGAUCAUUGGCAUUUUCAUUCAGCACAAUGGAGAGAAGUCUGAGGAACGUCCUCGUGGUUUCCUUCGGGUUCCUGUUUCUCUUCACAGCCUAUGGAGGUCUGCAGAGCCUGCAGAGCAGUCUGUACAGCGAGGAGGGCCUGGGUGUGACGGCGCUCAGCACCCUCUAUGGAGGCAUGCUCCUGUCCUCCAUGUUCCUGCCACCGCUCCUCAUCCAGAGGCUGGGCUGCAAGGGGACCAUCCUCCUCUCCAUGUGUGGCUACGUGGCCUUCUCCGUGGGCAACUUCUUCGCUAGCUGGUACACUUUGAUCCCCACCUCCAUCCUGCUGGGGCUCGGGGCCGCCCCGCUGUGGUCUGCGCAGUGCACGUACCUGACGAUCAUGGGAAAGACGCGUGCAGAGAAGGCGGGGAAGCGUGGCCAAGACGGGGUGACCCAGUGUUUCGGCAUCUUCUUCCUCAUAUUCCAGUCAUCCGGUGUGUGGGGCAACUUGAUCUCCUCGCUGGUGUGUGGCCAGACUCCCAGCCAAGGUAAAAGGCAAAGGGGCAGGCAAUUGUCUGCAAGUGGAAAGGGGGUUUCGGCGAUGGCCGCUGGGGGAGGGGGUCCUGAUUUCACUUGA